AGGGAAUUUUGUUUAACACGAGGAGAUGCCACGUCACUGAGUAUACAAAAAGAUCCCUUAAACGCAGCCGUUUAGGUAAUUCCGCAAAACCCUCGGAGCGAUAAGACGGUGAAUGCGCCUUGGAGAAGAGUUUUAGGUGUUGGUUGCGAUUAAAGCCUUGGAGAAGAGGUUUAUUGUUUUCCCUCCUCCUCUAGUACAUAUAUAUCUAAUCCGUUUGCACUUUCUCGCACCAUGAUGUCAUCUCAGUGCAUCGCCACUCCAUUGCCUUCCCUUCUUCCUCCGCCUGAGUGUGCCUUCCAAUUUCCUCUUCUCCGUCGUUUGCGAGAUUGUGACCUGCUUGAUAUUGAUUCCGGAGAUUUUGUUCGAUUUGUUUACUGUUUAUGCUCAUUCCUAACCAUGCCUACAUCUUCUGCCGCCGCUUUGGAUAGAUCACUAAUGCCUGGGGAUUCCAAAUCCCAUGAAAUCCCAAGCACAAAAGCGUUUCAUUCGAUCUCAAAUGCGGACAAUGGUGAAAGUAAUCAGUCGAAAGAAGAGGCAUUCACACGUCCUCAUCUCUACGCCACUCCGAAGGAAGUCCCACUUCCUUAUUCUCCAUCUUCCUCCCCUCCGUCUCCUUAUAUCAUCAAUCACAAGGCAAGAGGACCAGGUGGUCUUUUGAAGAGCUCCUCUGAGGUGGAUGUGGAGGCUACUACUACCUCUUUGAGGAAGUCCUCGUCCUUAUCACUUCUUAUCGGCGAGGCUGUUGCAGAGGGUCACACCAAAGGCGUCCCUGAACGUCCUGUUUGGGAUUGUAGUCCUCCUCGUGGGAGACUAUUGAACGAAAAGUCUGCAAGCCAUACCAGUAAUGGUGGGACUGGAAGCAAUAAUGCUGACAAUGGUGUAGAAUGGGAAAGCUACCUGUUGGAGUCAGUCAGAAUACGAGCAAACAAGGAGUUUUAUAACAAAGGUCAAUCAGUAAGCUUCACCGCUAACACUGAGUUAGAAGAUGAUGCAGGAGCUCAAAAUUCACAAAAACUCUCUUCAUCUGGAGGAGAAUUUUAUGAUGCUUUCGAUGAACUAUCAAGCGACAGCGGAACGCCGAGUUCAGUUAACAACAUUGAAAGGGAGGCAAGGGGGAUGAGGUUGAGUUUACUAAUGGAAACCGAGAGGAGAAGGCAAGCAGAGGAGACUGUGGAGCAAAUGCAAGUUCAUUGGCGGAGGCUCCGAGAGCAGUUGGCCCACGUGGGUCUGUUCGUUCCUCUUGAUCCUACCAGCAGCCAAUACAGCAUCAACAUAGCUGAUGAACUACGUUGUCAACUCCAUAUCGCCAGGUUUGUCUCUAACUCACUGGGAAAUGACUUGGCCAAGGCAGAGGUUGAGAUGGAGAUGGAAUCUCAUCUCGAAGCUAAGAACUUUGAAAUCACCCGCUUGUCUGACCGCCUUCACUAUUACGAGACUGUGAACCAGGAAAUGUCCCAGCGCAACCAAGAGGCCAUAGAGAUGGCAAGGAGAGACGGGCAAAAGAGAAAGAGGAGGCAGAGGUGGAUUUGGGGAUCAAUUGCAGCAACCAUCAUGCUCGGUGGUGCAGUCUUGGCUUGGCCGUACCUCCCUACUGCAAUUUCAUCAUCGGAUGCAGCUCAACCUACCGCCGUUGGAGACGAAGCAAAGCUUCAGGCCUUGUGAAUCGAGAAAUUUGAAUAUAGUUUUCCUUCUUUUUUGGCCUUGUUUCUAGAGAAUGUAUAGAACAUACGAUGAGGAAAUAACACAGAUUCAUACCCGGUUUCCGGCUGCGACCGUGUAUGGGAUCAUGGUCAUACCAAUUUGGUUAAUUUCGUGUCUUCUUUUACUCUGCGUUUGCCUACUUUUAAUCUUAAAUUCAC